AUGGAAACCGCAGAACCAGUUUCAUACGAAUUCCCCGGCCACGCCGUUGGGGCUGUUGCGCCUCGUCGAAUGAUGGGCUCGAAUGUCGGCCACAACUUCCCAUUUUAUACCAACCCGACUGGUGGCUAUACACUUCCGUUUCAUCAAUCUUCGUCACCAGCGUAUAGCUUCGGACACACACUCAACCACCAUCACCAUCAUCACCACCAUCAUCCGGGCUACCAGCAUUACUUUGUAGCCGGCCAGCAGCCGAUCAAUCCCCAGCCGGUCCGUCUAUCCUCUGAGCCGCCAUCCAUCCAGCAAAUUCCCGAUAUUCGGCCGGCCAAGAAUGCUGUUAAUCGUGUAGCCAGGGAUCCUCUGAUGAAGAUCGAGCACAAUGGGGCGUCACAGCAACCUCCCGGGGCCCAGUCCUCGAGUAACGAAGAAGGUGCACAAGGGAAGAGCUCCAGCUCCAAUGAGGUGGAAUUCUCGACAGAGGUAGAUAUCUUGAUGAAGGCAAUCCAGGCCAAAGCCAGUGCUCAGUCACCCGGAGUACAGUCUCUGCCGCCACUGCAACAAUUGACACACGGGGGAAGCAAUGGAUACCCUCAGAGUUAUUCAAUGCCGGUGACGACCCCCCGGUGCACUGUUAUGGUCGAAGAAGCCCCAUCGCGAUCAGGCAAAAAACGCAAGUAUGCUUGCACUUUACCGCAGUGCGGCAAGAGCUUCGCGCAGAAGACGCAUCUGGAUAUUCAUAUGCGGGCUCACACGGGGGACAAGCCCUUUGUGUGCAAAGAGCCUUCAUGUGGACAGCGCUUCUCUCAGUUGGGUAAUCUGAAGACUCAUCAACGACGCCAUACUGGAGAAAAGCCAUUUUUUUGUGAUAUAUGUCAGAAACGAUUUGCUCAACGAGGCAACGUCCGUGCUCACAAGAUCACCCAUCAACAUGCCAAACCAUUCACUUGUCUCCUGGAUGACUGCGGAAAGCAGUUCACCCAGCUUGGAAACCUUAAGUCACACCAGAACAAGUUCCAUGCCACAACCCUACGAAAUCUUACUAUGAAAUUCUCCCAAGUGACAGAGGGAGAUCACAUGAGCCCACAAGACAGAAAGCUCUGGGAAUACUUUGCCACUUUGUAUAAGAACAGCAACAAAGGAAUCAAGGGCCGCGGGAAAGAUCGCAGGAUCUCGCCUACUUCACGGUCUGAUCCCGGCUCCGAAUCCCGCAGAAGGAUCGAGCCACUCAGCAGCACUGAUGACAAGAUGCGCCGAGCAAGCUAUGGAGAUACAUCUAUGUAUAACGGAGGUUCUAGCAGCGAUGACGACGACGCAGAACCAUACUUUAUUGAGAGGCAGGCUCAUUGA